UCUCGUAAAUGACUCUGUGAAUGACAUUUUACAGCUAAGAUGUCCUUGUUAACGUCUGGACCAAAGGAAGAGGAAGCGUCGCCACCUAGGGAUUCGGAUUCGGAGGAGGGAACAGCAAAUCCAUCAACUACAAAAGUGGAAAAUGGUAUCAGCAUUAUUGAAAAUGCUCCUCAAGUGCGAAAUGCUAAUGGCAGUUUUACUGCUGUGUGCCAUAGUAACAGAAGUGAUAAGAUGUCCGCAUUAGAAUCUGGAGAAAAUGAAGUUGUAGAAGUACCUUUGGACUCGGCUUGUGAGAGUAUCUCAAAGAGUCCUGUACAGAAGGAUGUUGGUCCUUCAUCUAGGGCUGUAGAUCAAAAAGGAAGAAAUACAGUAAAUGGACAAAUAGAAGGUUCAUACCAUGAAAAUUUGAGUUCUUCACCACACAGUGACAGAGCAUCAAAAGUAUAUCUAAAAGAAGAAUUACGGCAAGAUACGCAAAAGUUUAAGAAUGAGGUAGACAUGUUACAAGUCAAAUUACUGUCUGUGGAGAAAGAAAAAGGUCUGCUUGAAAAAGAGAUUUCUCAUAGCCAAGAAAGAGAAAAAGAUCUACUCCAUAAGAAUCGCAUGUGGCAGGAGGAACUUGCCAUGGUGAGAAUGGAGAGAGACAAAAUUAAAAGUCAGAAUGAAGAAAAUGAAAAGAAAUAUCCAAAGGACACGGAAAUGAUGAAAGAAAAGUAUGACGUUUACAUGACUCUAUUGCGGAAUUUGGAAACAUUAACUAAAACUGUGUGUCAGUAUGGUGAGCAGCUUUGUGUUCUCACAGCUGAGAAUGCAAUGCUAAAGUGUAAACUGGAGAGUGAAACACAAAACAAGGAAAGACUGGAAGAAGAACUUGCCUCUUGCCAUUCCAGACUGACUGCCGCUACACGUGAUCUUGAUGAAAGUGAAACAUCAAGAAAACACCUAGAGCUUGCUUUCUGCACAGCAAGAGAUGAGUGGGAUCACUUACAAGACAAAAUGAAUUUUCACAUGUCGAAUCUAAAAGAAAACAAUGAGAUUCUUUCUGAAAAACUUUCUAAAGCAGAAAGUAAGAUCGAUAGCCUGGAAACGGAGCUCCAUCACACAAGAGAGCUCCUCCGAGAAAAAACGUUUUUAGAAGUUGUACAAAGAGACCUAAGGCAAACACAGUGCCAAAUGAAGGAAAUAGAACAAACGUAUGGCAGUGACCAAAGCAAAGUGAAUCCACACAUGGGCAAGCAGGAAUCUCUAGAGCAGAGAUUCUGUGAACUACAAAGAGAAAAUAUGUUGCUUCGACAGCAACUACAUGCUGCUCACAACAAAGCUGCCCAGAAAGACGAGACAGUAACCAAUAUCCAGGACCAGCUUCAGGAUAUUGUGAAACAAAGUCAAGCUGGCAGUGACAAGCAAAGUCUGCUUCUAGAAGGAAAACUUCAGGAGCUCACCAAUGAAUGUGAUCGUUUAAAAGAAACAAUGUGUCAUUUGGAAAAAGAAAGAACAAUUGAUCAACAAAAACAAGCACUGGAAUUUCCAUGUUCAAAAUGUGGACGUCAAUAUGCAAAGAAUCAAGUUGUUCAGCCGGAAUCGUUACCUAAGGAAAUAAUCCAAGAAAGAUAUGAGAAAUUACAGACAAAGAAUAUGAGGUUGAAGCAAGCAAUAGUAGACCUCAAAAAUUACAUGGAAAGGAAUAUGGUAGACCGUCAUCAAGCUGACCAGUAUAAACGGGAGAUUAAAGCAAAAGCCGAACAGACUGUUGCAGAACAAUUCAAAAAAAUCAAUCUGUUUUUGCAGGCCUAUGCAGCACGACGAGAUAAGAGACAAGAAUUAAGAGAGAAAGAAGUGGCUGCAGUAAAGCGUGAGAUGGAACUGAAAGUUAAAUUUCUCGAAUCUAAACUCCACAAAAUGAAAAUGUAUCAAGAAUUCAAUAAUGUUGAAUUGCAAAAGAUAAGCUACUCUAUGAAGUUAGAAGGAGAAGCUAAAAAAUCCUUGGCAUGUGGACCAGAAACAAUACUGUACAAUGCCAACAUGGUCCCCAGCUCUCAUGAAGAUGUAACAAGGACCUUCCACUCCAACCCUGUGAUUUCACUCAUGUUAAGAAUCCACUUCUGAGGAUCUCAAGAUGAAUCCAACAAUGAAAAGCUGUAUCAAUUGCAGAACGCUAAGGAAAAAAACAGUUGAACUAUACUUAACCAAGUUGAAGAUAUUCAUCUAAUGUUUGACCAUUUUUGAUUAGGAAGAAAAUUUUAAAAGCCAGGCAGAGCGGUGCAUGCCUGUACUCCCAGCUACUCAUGUGGCCUAGGCAGGAGGAUCACUUGAACCCAGGAGUUCAAAGCCAUAGGGCAGCAUGAUUGUGCCUAAGAAUAGCCGCAGCACUCCACUGGGCAACACAGCGAGGACCUCUCUCAAAAAAAAUUGUUUCAAAAAAAAUUUUGUUCAAACAGUUGUUUGAACCAAAAUCCAUCAAAAAUAACAGCUAGUUUUCAUUGUGUAUCAUUGUUAUUAAAAUAUUCAUUUCAGUCCAUGUACCCUGCCAUUUAGUUUUGAUGCUGUGUUUAUUAUCUCCUUAAUGUGGAGAAAAGUAACAUAGACCUGUGUUAAAUGAGGCCUCAACCUUCUUUCUUUACCUGAAUUCAUGUCAUAAGAAAUCAGAGCAGAGCAAAGCUCAGGCAGGCUGCAAUCUCUCUGAGCCCCUGUUGCCUUUUAUGUAAUAUUAAGGACUUUGACUAAAUCACAGCAUUUCAGACAUUUUUAAAAGAUUAUGUAAGAAAUAUAACUUGUCAUUUUUUUAGAGAAAUUGCAUGAAACCGUUUCACAUAGGGCAGAUAGAAGUAGAGCUGUCUAGUUAAAGGAGGGCUGGGGGCUCUGAAGUUGUGACUUCCGUAUCCCUUCACCCUGCAGUGUCCUCUGUAGGACCUCAGAUUUCUGUGGGACAUAGUUUGAAAAUCACCAGUUAUGAGGGAAUCCUUCCAAUUAGCAAAAAAAGUGCCGGCAUAUUGUUCACUUGCGUGUAAUUUUCUCACCUUAUACUUUUAAGAAUGGAACGAUACAAAUGAAGGUGUAGAUGUGCUGCCUUGUUAAUGUUGGGCUUGAACCCACCUCUACCACCUGAGACAUAAUCCCCACCUGGACAAACAGAGAGAGGCCACAGGGAAAGCAGAAGCACUUUUAUUAAAAAUAUGUGUUUUACUCCAGAAGAAGCUAGCAUGGUUUUUGAAUUAGUAUUAUGCAUAAGCUUAACUGAAUUUUUUUUUUUAAUUUCACCUGGCAGUGUUCAGUUUCUCCUAAGCUAUUGCUUUACACACCUCAAAAGCCACGGAUGGAACCCUUGUCUAACUGAAUAGGACAGGGAUUAAUGUCCCCAAGACAUUUUUCUGUCCUUUUGUUUUCCAUAAUCUGUGCCAGACACUGUAUUGUCAUUCCAUUGAGGACAAUAAGUCUGAACUUCUUUUAAGGGAACUAAGAAGAAAAUCUGUGAUUUCAGGGAAAAGGAAGGAUAAAAUGCAAAGAACUUUUAAAAUGUCCUUUAAUGUCGGCCAAUGUUCACUUGUGUAUGUAGAUAACACUCCCCCCUCCCCCGGCCUGCCACCAGCCAGGAGAAAAGUGGAGCCAUCAACACUCCAGACCCUCUUUUUCAGCCUCUGGGGGCCCCUCCAGAGUGGCUCCUGCCAGCAUUUGGGAUCUGUCCGUUUGUUCUCUGAGCUUCCGUCUCUAACCCCAGAAGAGAUAGUUACAGUAGUAUUUCCUUAAUUAAAGUCAUUCAUGUAAAAACCUGCA